UUACUUGGAUAAUCCCGCUGCCGACCUCCCAUCUCCAUCUCCACGCGUCGGAACAUCAAGGGGGAUUUGCCUGCCAUUAAGAGAUGGAUUUUUACCCGGUGUGUGCGUUUGUGUGUAUCUGUAGGAACGCAUUACACGAGCCUGAGGCUGAAAAUUCUGAUUUUCACAGGGAAAUUGUGGUUGAGCCUGGCAGAACUGAGGAAGCAAAUAGCAUGAGUGUUUGGAGUAUGACUUUGAAUUGUUUUUUGGUGUUAUCCUACACAUGGAUGGAACCAUCUGGGAAGAUCUACAGGUAACCCUUUCUCCCUCCUGGAUAAAAUUUCAAGUCUUACUGAUGUCAAUUUUUGUUUCUAGAGUAGGAAUAGUGCAUAACUUUUGUUGGGAUUUUAUUUGUUUUGCUGGAUUGUUGUUGUUUCUUUUUGUGUGUGUGUGUCGUUACAGAACUGCGUUAAUCCUGGAAUGUCCUCGAUGACAGACAACAGUAAUGACGGUCAUCACGUUCACUGUCUCUGUGCUGUGCCUGCUGCCUUGCUCGGCCCUGGCCCGCUGGGCCUGCGCUCGGGCCUGUCCGCAGUCCUGUUCCUGCACGCAAGAGAAGAGCUGCAGCGUGCUGUGCGACCGCUCCGGCCUGGCCGAGCUUCCCAAAGAGUUCCCGUGCGAGGCCUCUGCCAUCAACCUGGACAAGAACCGACUCAAAUUCCUGUCGGAAAGGGCCUUCGGUACUCUGCCUUCGCUCAAGUCCCUCUCCCUGGACCACAACAACAUCUCCUUCAUCACUCCCGGAGCCUUCAAGGGCCUGUCCAACCUGGUGGAGCUGAAAAUGGCGCACAAUGAGUAUAUCAGCUACCUGCACACGCGGACGUUCACGGGUCUGAAAAAGCUGGUGCGCCUGGACCUGUCCGACUGCAAUCUCUUCAACAUCCCGGACCGCAUCUUCAUCGAGCAGACGGCGCUCAAGGAGCUGCUCUGCUUCCAGAACAAGUUUCGCAGGAUUCCCGGCGCCAUCCGGGGUAUGGAGAACCUCACCCACAUUUACCUGGAGAGGAGCAAGAUCGAGGCGGUGGCCUACAAUUCGCUGCUGGGCUUGGGCAGCCUCAAAUACUUGAACCUCCAAGAGAAUCGCAUCAACGUCAUCCACGACCAGGCCUUCCAGGACCUGGUACGACUGGAGAACUUCUACCUCAACGACAACCUACUGUCCGACCUGCCCCGGCUGGCGUUCAAGGGCCUCGGUCGUCUCAAGAUGCUCAACCUCGGCGGGAACCAGCUGACCAAUGUCUCCAGGACUUGGUUCGGCGACCUGGUGGAGCUGGAGAUCCUCUACCUGGACAGGAACCAGCUGCUUUACAUCGAAGAAGGAACCUUUGAGAAUCUGACUAGCCUGAUCACACUCCACCUGAACAGCAACAACCUCACCGCUCUGCCAUUCCCGGUGUUCCAGCCCAUCUACUUCCUGGGUCGCCUCUACCUCUUCAAGAACCCCUGGGAGUGCGACUGCUCCUUGGAAUGGCUGAAGGAAUGGAUGGAGAGCUACAAUCUCGUGCGGGACAUACCCUGCGCUUCGCCGUCGUCCGUGGCGGGGUUAGAUCUGAGCGAAGUGGUCUUCGCCAAAGUUAACGGCACGUGCGUCGACCCCGCCGAACUGAACCUGACCACCCCGUCCUCGGAGGUCGCCGCCACCACCGAGAACCGCUUCAACAGCCUCAUCUCCAAGCUACUUCAGCAGGAACUCCGCGAAGAGGCCGUCAACGGCACGGACAACUCUCGCAACGGGACGUCGCCCGAAGCCGAGGACGGGCAGCUGGUCGCGGGGGUCGGAGGGCGACUCCGCCGAACGUUGCCGUCGGCUCUCUACGUCCUCGCGGCUUGGCUCGUCAGACAUGUAGCGGACGUGUAGCGGUGUUAAGGUGCGUUCAGAUCGGACCCGUUUUUCCUCCGUUGCGCAGGAGGUUCCCAUACAAAGUCAAUGUAAUCACACGUUGAAGAGCAGCAGACGAUAUCGCCAGUUCGACCAGACACGCCACGCCUCGUGAUAUCGCGCAAUCCAAUUUCACGCCUUGAGAAGAUGGCCGAGUUCAUGUUUCUGUGACCGAUCUCAGCGAAGACGAUGAAGAGGCGGUGGAUGAAGUACUCACUUUUUGUUUUUUACUUCAGUAAAAGUACGGAUACAGAUGCAAAAAAUGACUUACAUAAAAGAAAAAAAAAUGACCAGUAAAAGCAUACACUUCACUAUCAGUUGAUGGGACAUAGGGCUCGGGGCUGAUCAGUAGGGGGCCUAUUUUCAAAAACUUCAAAUAUGUUCAAAACCAAAGCCACUAGAGACCUAAAACCAAAACAGGACCCUCCCUUAGGCAUAUAUGAGUCUCCAUGAGCAGCGGCAUUAAAAAAUUCAAAGUCGUUCCCUUAUAAAAUCCCGAUUAUUUUUUGUAUGAGUAUAACCAUAGGCUUCAUAACCUAUUGACAUGACAUGUCGGCGAUUAGUAGGGAGCCUAUUUUCAAAAACUUCAAUUUCAAAUAUUUACAAAACCAAAGCUGCUAGCGACCUAAAACCAAAACAGGCAACUACCUUAGCCAUAUGAGUCUCCAUGAGCAGCAGCAUCAUAAAAUUCAAAGUCGUUCCCUUAUGAAAUCCUGAUUAUUAUUGUCAAUAUAAGUAUAACACAACUUAAAAUGGCUAUAAAAGUCUCAGAUUUUACAAUAGAUGCACAAAAUCUCCAAAUGCAGAGAUAAUCACCUAUAUUUUCAGGAUUAAUAGCAAUAUUU